AUGUGCAGUGAGGCGAAUAUUAGAAACACGUUGGCAUUUCUCUUCCCCGAGAAUGCCGCUCAACCAUCUCUAGCGGACAUGAGCCGCUUUGUCAAAUCGAUAACUGGUGAUAAAUCGCAGAUGGAGACGGCUUAUAAAAUCUCCGACGAGAAAUCGGUUUUCAUUCGAUUUAAAACCGAAGAUGCAAUGCAGUUUUCCCUGGAGAACAACAGCAAGAUUCUCCCAUUCCAUUACACCAAUGGGAAAGAAGUUCUGGUUCGCAUGUCCGUGGCAGGAAAUUCUCGAUAUGUGCGGGUUUACGAUCUUCCACCGGAAAUAUCAGAUCGCGACGUCUCUUCCGUGAUGUCCAAGUUUGGUAAGAUAAAGCGCACCAUACGCGAACGCUUUCCAGCAGAGUACCAGCUGGAUAUGUUCACUGGGGUACGUGGAAUCUAUAUGGAUGUAGAACAGGACAUCCCAGAGGUACUCUAUUUCCAUAACCGUAAAGGUAGGGUCCAUUAUGAGGGAAUGAAGGUAAAGUGUUUUUCAUGCAAAUCUGAAACGCACAAGAAAAAAGUUUGUCCGAUUCUGCAACAAAAGCGUGAUGCAAAGCAGCAGCAGCAGCAGCCUAUAGUAAACAACACCACGUUGCUGGCUGGAAUGAAAGAAAUCGAAACAAUUUCUGGUUUAUGUGAUAGCGAUCCCAGCGGAGGUAAACAGCGAGAUAUGGAAUUGAUGCAGAAAGUAAAGAAAACUAAGAAGAAGCGGCAACAACCAUCGGAAUCCGAAACAGUUGAAGCAGUAAAUCCAUCUACAAGCGAGAAAGACAAAAACCCCGUUUCGCACUCGUCGGACCCACCUCUCGAAAAAAGACGAUUCAGAGUGCCGACGUACGAUUGGAUAGAUGAUGAACGUGAACGUGAACAAAUUAUAGCUGACGACAAAACGAGAAUAGCAGCAGCGUACAACAUUAGUGUGGACCAAGUUGAAGUGUAUCAUGAUUAA